AUGGCAUACUCUGUCACAGCGCUCGAUGCGGCUGUGCUCGUCGCAGUGGCGUAUUUGACGAAACGCUUAUUAUGGCGGCCCAGACACACCCUUCCAUUACCACCAGGACCUGCCGGUGUUCCCAUCAUCGGCAACGUGCUCGAUCUACCCCAGACAGAGCCCUAUAAGACAUACGUUCAAUGGGGCCACAAGUACGGACCGAUAAUGCACGUCUCCGCCCUCGGGCAAUCCCUCAUAAUCGUGAACGACGCCUCGAUCGCAACGGAGCUCCUCGAGAGACGAGCGAAGCUGUACUCAGAGCGCCCAACACUACCUAUGGGCGGCGAGCUAUCAGGAUGGGAUCAUACGCUCGUCCUCCUGCACUACGACGAUCAAUGGCGAGCGUACCGACGUCACUUUCACACGUUUGUCGGCGCAUGGGGUGCGCUCAAACGACAUACUUCCCUGUUGGAACAUGAGGCCAGGUUGUUGGUGCAGCGCAUCUUGCGAGCGCCCGACUCGCUCGAUGAGCACAUCCGUCUGGCUGCUGCGGGUGUGAUCAUGAAGAUCACGUACGGGUAUGAUACUCUACCUGAGAAGGACCCCGUUGUCGCGACUGUAAACGAAGCGACGAGGCAGUUCGAGGAUGUCACCGAGUCUAGCAAGGUCUGGCUGGUUGAUAUCUUUCCUAUACUCAAGCAUAUCCCGAUCUGGUUCCCCGGCGCUGGCUUCCGUAAGAAGGCUGCCUUCUACAAGGACACUAUACAGAGGAUGGCACAGGAGCCCUUCGACAUCGUGAAGACACGCCUGAGAGAGCAUAUAGCAGAACCUUCGAUGGUCGCGGAUCUGCUCGAAAAAUCGGCGCACGAUGCCGACGAGGAACACGACAUCAAAUGGGCCGCGGCGAGUAUGUACUCCGGUGGUGCUGAUACUACUGUCUCGACCAUGCUGGCGUUCUUCCUUUGCAUGACUAUGUUCCCGGAGGCGCAAAGGACAGCCCAGAUGGAGAUUGAUGCGGUUGUGGGCCAUGAUCGGCUUCCCACAUUAGCAGAUCGUCCCCAUCUACCAUACAUAGAUGCGAUAGUGAGCGAGAUGAUGCGCUGGGCACCAGUCGUCCCGAUGGCCAUACCCCAUAAGCUCGUUCAAGACGAUACUUACGGUGGCUACAGACUGCCCAAGGGCGCCCUCAUUAUACCCAACGUAUGGGGCAUGUUGCACGACCCAGAAGUGUAUGCAAACCCGCAUGACUUCAAGCCGGACCGUUUCAUUGCACGAGACGGAAGACCCGCUGAACCUGAUCCCCGCCUCUGCUUUUUUGGCUUCGGUCGCAGGAUAUGCCCUGGCCGGGAGCUCGCGGACGUAAGCGUGUGGAUUGAGACGGCGGUCAUACUCGCAACUCUACGCAUCGGCAAGGCGCGCGAUGAAGCGGGCAACGAGAUCACCCCCGAAGCGCGUUUCACAAACGGCACGAUCACGCACCCCGAAGCAUUCAGAUGCGACAUCAAGCCGCGCUCGCAGCACGUAAACGCUCUUCUCACUCAAGAGCUCACGCAGCUUCAUCGCACUCGGGACUGA